UCAUCAGUUUAGUUUCAUAAAUUCGUCAGAAUGAGUAACACUAGUAAGGGAGUUUUUAGCCUUUUCAAAAGAGCCUCAAGCAGAGAGUCAAAUUAUGGGAAGAACAUUAGAAGGAGCCGAGCCUCGGUUGAUGUGGAGCCCUUGACUUAUUUAAAACCUCAUAAGGAUGUAUCCGAUCGCCUUAAGGAACUUGAGGACGUGCGCAAAGAAAAGGAGAGGCAGAAGAAAGAACUCGAGAAGAAAGCCCGACGUGAAGAACGGAUGGCAAAGCAAAGGGAACAUAAGGAAAAACCCCGCAGUAAGCUACCUAAGAGAGAAUCAAAUAAACUCGAGCAAGAGAUGGCUCCCCAACGGAAGAAGGAACCAUAUUCAGACCUAAAUCUCAUGAUGACGGGGAGACCAAAAAGAUCUGCCGAAGGUUCCAAUUCCGGCGAUGACUUCAAGCAAAACAUUGAGACUUUGGAGCGUCAGGUUGAUAAUCUAGACAUACGCUGCAAGAUGAUGGCCACCAUGUGGAUAAACCUACUCCGUGCUCCGACUCAGAAUGAAGAUGAGAUCCGGGCAAGGAAUCUCAUUACAGCUCAUCUUGUCAAGUGCCGAAACGAAAACAUCUUUCAAAAAGAGCCAUUCUGUCGGCCGCCUCCAUCCGAUACCUUAGCCAAUAUAAAGCAGAAAAUGGUGCUAACCCGCGAAACUCCCUGCCAUGACAUGAACCUAUCAAAGCGAAUGGAAACCAAGUCGUAUUUAAACAAAUUAUUUUAUGGUUCAUAUGACGGCGGUAAGUUCCUGAGCCAACUUCCUGUGCCACGCGACGGAGCCUUCUUUAUCGUGCACAUGCGCCCAAAUUUAUAGAUUACUUGAGAUCAAAUUCAAAAUCCUAUUUAAACUUGAACUUCUGAUAUUUUCAACUGAAAAUUA